CUCCGCCUUCGUUCGAGGUGGUAUUUGUUUACGUAUUACCGACAAAAACAAGGGAGUUGAUGUUAUUCAUAAACAACUAUCAGAACAGUUACAUAUCAGUUUGGUUUUUUGAUAACCAUCUACAACCCAAAUAUACACAUUUUCUCAUACUGCAGACUGCAAAAAGCAGAUCAGGUGAGGAAAAAAAUAACAUAUACACAAUGAUUGGAAAGAUAUUUGCCCAUUUUCUUGGUAGCACAGAAGUAGAUUUUCCUGCAGAAGACAAUGAAACCUACAAGGAGCUCAUCGAGGUUGAGAAGGGAGGAUGGGUAAUCAUCAACAUUCAAGAGAACAACCUCCUGAUUGAAGACCCUUUUGAGAACCGGCUGAUUGAGAACCCCAGUAUGUCAGUGUAUCAGGUCAGAUGCCUUGCCAGCGGUGAGGAAGACCAGAGUUCUGAUGAAGAAGAGUCGCCGCCUGGGUUUUUGCCAGUCAAACAUUACAUGUCUCGGAGGCUAGCAGCCUGGGGCAGCUCCCUUCCGUCCAACGCCCACCUACUUGCAGUGCAGCGAGCCAGAACCCACAGGGAGCGCAAGACCAGGAGUGCUCUACAUAAGCAGAGUCUUGCCAAGAUGCGCUUCCCCCCCUCUGACAGACGAUAUGGUCACUUUAAACAACCCUGCCAGCGUGUCUAUAACUACUGAGUGUCUGCAGAGUAACCACUCACUGUCUAAAGUCACUGAACACACAGCUCGGAUAUUGUUACCAUGUCAUUCCCUUCACCAGAUCAAGGAAGUGUAACAACUGCUUACAAAGAGUUCUCCCUUAUCAGAGUAUGUUAUUAACAUAUUGUACCAAGCCCAGUUUUACAGUGAAUGCAUCAAAUGUGAAAAGUCUGAUAACUGGCUUAUUUUUACUUUCAACAUUAUAAUAGCUCUGAUGGAAACUACUACUAGGAGCUGUCAAUGGGCUAAAUUAGUUGGAUAGAUUUGUUUUAAUUGGAUUUGGAUAUUACCUACUUUUUUCAACUUUGUGUGCCUUAAUACACCCCUCACAUUUUAGCAAAUAUUUGAUUAUGUCUUUUCAUGAGGUGAAAAGAUAUAUAUGCCAUGAGGUGCCAUGUUGAACUUCCAGUGACCAGUAUGAGGGAGUGUGAGAGCGAUAAUAUCAAAUUUAACACA